GGUGGCGUCCCGCUAUUGAAGUGUCGCGCGCGCCAAAGUGUCGAGCGAAGUGCCGAACUCCGACCAGCAGCCUGCGCGUGCCGUGGCAGCCUCUGAGCUUCUUUAUACCGGAACCGACUGCAUCUCUCGCAGCUGUUACUAGUCGCAUCUCCGUAUUACAACGAUCCGGCCGGUGUUUUACCUGGCACAAUAGAAGGCUGGACCAGUAACGAUUCUCCACGUAAAGAAAAGCGAUAAAAAUUUCGUCUUCGACAGCCUGCUAUGUCAAGAAAUCUUCUCGAGUCAAACAGUCGCUGAGACCAAUCUCAGAAUCUCGAUAUUGUCAAAAAUUCUUCGACAACGCGUGAACACCCAUUCGAGGAUUUCCACAACCAAAUUCGCAGAUAAAAAGUCGCUGAACCCUACUCCUGGCCGCGACGCGGAAACGGCGGCGCUAGAAACUGUGAACAAGUGUGUAUGUGUGUGUGUGUAUGUGGCUGUGAGUGUUUUUUUUUGGCUUCGCGGAUUGCCGGUUCGCGCCGUCUGAUCCUGUUAAGGUGGCGGCGGUGACGUAGUGCCUCCUCCUUCGGCGACGCCACGUGGAUCAGCUAGCACGUGUGAGGUCGCACAGCGGCACAUUUCUGCAGUUCGCAGUUGGCAUCUUCAGCACAGUUUUCUGUCAGGAAUGCAAGGAAGUGUUUCGUUAUGACGGCUUCAUUGACUGUCGGUUGUGAUUCGUCUCUCGGCUGAGAGAGAUAGCUAGCGAAUCAUCGACGGCUGAAAUCCCGGUGGUCGCUUCGAGCGCACAGUACUCGCGACCUGUUUGCCACAACAAACUGGUUAGAGUCGCCAGCGCACGCAAACACUGCCCCUCGGUCCGGCAGCUAGAGCUGGCCAGCGCUUCGGCUGUGCUGCCUGCCUGCGUGUGUGUGAGUGUGUCGAGGCGGACACGGACUAGGUGGAUGUCGGCGUCGGUGGCCGACUGCGUGUGUCGCAAAGUGCGUGUGUCUGUGGCGGCGCCGUGUGCGUGAUGCGUGUGGCAGGGACAGGUGCGCGACGCAGCUGCGUGGGAGCGUGACAGCGGCGGGCCCGGCCAGCAGGGGACGAGAGACACACGACGCGGGGAACAGCGGCAGUAGCAGACGGCCGCCAUGAGGCUCAUCAAGAAGUACUGGCACCGAGAGUCGUCGGAGCUGUCGUCGAAGAAGGCGGCGGCUGCGGCGUCGGCGUCGGCGUCGGCGGACGACCUGCUGGCGUCCCAGCAGCUCCAGCAGCAGCAGGCCGACCUGGAGCUGGAACUGGCCGCGAUGGACGACGGCGCCCCCCACCGCGAGAUGGCCGUCGACGUGCCCGACAGCUUCGUGGCGCGCACCAAGACGCCGCCCAGAUACCCGCCGCCCAGGCCGCGCUCCCAGCAGGGCGGCGCCCCCAACGGCAGCGCGUCGGGCGGCUACUCGACGCCGGCGUCGCCCCCCAAGCCCGUGCCGCCCCCGCGCGACCAUCUGCGCAUCGAGCAGGACGGCCGGCUCGUCAACCGCGCGCCGCCCCCGCAGCUGCCCGCCAGGUCGCCGCUCGCCGCCGCCGCCGCGGCCGCCGCCUCCUCCGCCGCGCCCGCCGUCCAGGACGCCGCCCCCGCCGUGUCGCCCGCGCCCGGCACCACGCCCACCCGUCAGCAGCUGGACAGCAUCCGCAAGUACCAGGAGCAGCUGCGGAAGCGCAAGGAGGCGGAGGAGCAGCAGGAGGCGCUGAACCGGUCGCUGCGCGGGUCGCGGAAGCUGCAGGCGCUCGAGUCGCGGCCGCACGGGCUCGUCAACGACGCCUACUCGUCGGCCGACGAGGACGACCUGGGCGCCGUCACGGGUCAGCAGCAGCAGCUGGCCGCCGUGCACAGGGUCAUCGGGUACGGGGAGCUGGUGGCGUCGCUGCAGCGGCUGCAGUUGCUGCUGAAGAAGAGCGCCGCCGCCGCCGCCGACGGCGUGGGGUCGGGCUCGGCGCUGGGCGCGCAGGUGGCAGCCGUGCAGACGCUGCUGCUGAGCCCGCAGUUCGGGCGCGCGCUCGCCGUCCACAACAGGGUGCAGCGCGCCGCCGCCAGGGGGCUCUGCCGGCCGCCCGCCGCCGACAACGCGCACGCCCUCUCCAGGGACUGCCUGGAGGUGCUGCGGCCGUGCAAGCUGCCCGAGGCGGCAGAACUGUGUGACCUGCUCUCCCGUUACGAGCUGGACGCGCUGCUGGUAGCCCACGACGCGGUCGUCGCCACCGCCGAGCCGCGUUCUCCGGCACCCUCACCCGCGCACAGUGCGGGUGGCGGAGGGGGUGUGCCCGGCUCGGGGCGGGGCUCGCCGCCUCCCAGGCACGAGGGGAACAUCCGCAUCGUCAGCAUCGAGAAGACCAACGAGCCGUUGGGUGCCACAGUGAGAAACGAAGGAGAAGCUGUCAUCAUUGGGCGGAUAGUGCGGGGAGGGGCGGCAGAGAAGUCUGGCCUGCUCCGCGAGGGCGACGAGAUCCUCGAGGUGAAUGGCAUCGAGAUGCGUGGGAAGUCCGUGAACGAGGUGUGCGACAUCCUUGCCGGUAUGACAGGCACACUGUCCUUUCUCGUGGUUGGCAGCAGCAACCAGCCUCCGCCACCACCACGGGAGACCACCAUUAUCCAUAUGAAGGCGCACUUCGACUACGACCCUGAGGAAGACCUGUACAUCCCGUGCAGGGAGCUGGGAAUCAGCUUCCAGAAGGGUGACGUGCUGCACGUUAUCAGUCAGGACGAUCCCAACUGGUGGCAGGCGUACCGCGAGGGUGAGGAAGACCUCACACUCGCUGGGCUCAUCCCUUCCAAGUCCUUCCAACACCAACGUGAAACCAUGAAGCAGACGAUAGCCGGUGACCGACUGACAAAGGAAGGCAAGUCAAAGAAGGCAAGCACGCUUCUCUGUGCCAAGAAAAACCCCAAGAAGAAGAAAAAGAAGCCUUACGGUUCCAGCUACACUGACGGAGGCUACCCACUCUACGCGAGCGCUACCGAUGAUUACGAGUCAGACGAGAUCCUGACGUACGAAGAGGUGGCGCUGUACUACCCGCGAACGACGCACCGCCGCCCCGUCGUGCUCAUCGGGCCGCCUAACAUCGGCCGCCACGAGCUGCGCCAGAGGCUCAUGGAGGACUCGGAGAGGUUUGCGGCUGCUGUCCCACACACGAGUCGACCACGCAAGGAGGGUGAAGUGGACGGGCAAGACUACCAUUUCAUCUCGAGGGCGCAGUUCGAAGCGGAUAUCUUAGCGCGUCGUUUUGUGGAGCACGGCGAAUACGAGAGGGCGUACUACGGGACGUCGCUGGCGGCCAUCCGUGCCGUGGUGGAUGCGGGGAAGACGUGUGUCCUGAACCUGCACCCACAGUCACUGCGCAUCCUGCGUGCUUCCGACCUCAAACCCUACGUCGUGUUCGUCGCGCCGCCUUCCCUGGAGAAACUGCGGCAGAAGAAGGCCCGCGCCGGCGAGGCGUACAAGGAGGAGGAGCUGAAGGAUAUAAUUGAGAAAGCUCGUGAAAUGGAGGACAAGUACGGCCACCUGUUCGACUUGAUCAUCAUCAACAACGACACGGACCGUGCCUUCCAGCAGCUGCUCUCCGAGAUCAACAGCCUGGAGCGGGAGCCGCAGUGGGUGCCCGCUGCCUGGGUCAAGGGGUCCUGAGCGUGAGCUGCCAGGUACUCCUGUGUGACCUACAACAUUGGCAACAAAGCCUGACAACAGACAUCAGCAAUACUGCUCAGAAGGCUGCAUUGUCAUGAGACAGGGAAGUUCCAACUCAUCCUUUACAGGUGAAAUAUUAUGUUAGGCUAAAGGUGCUAUGCAAUGGACUAAAAUCUCUGGUCAGAAAAUGGACACAGUAAAUGUUCUUGCAAGUUAGGAACUAUUGUCAGGUAGAAAGGGCAAGGUGCGUGACAUACUUUUACUAUAAAAAUCGUAUAGUGCCUUCACCUUCCAAAGGCACAAAUCUUUGUUGUUGUUUAUGGAUGUAAGGCUCUUAUGCAUAGUGGUGAAACCCAUCACACUGAUACUUUGUACAGAAAAUGUGACGAAGUUGUAGGCUGAGAGUCCAUAAAGGUUAUGCUGAAGAGCACACUGUUUUCAUUAAGGAACGGACAUACAUUUCUACUAGUAUUACAUAUGUAUAUUGUUUAAAUGGUGUACAGUCUUUUUUUAAAAAUCUGUAUUUCUUAUAUUAAUUAUACCCCUUCCCCCUCAUUAGCUGUAAGAUUCACUGCAGUGUGACAUUAACAUGACAGACAGACAGCAUUUCAGCAGCUGGAGCUCUUAGGAGAAAAGUGUAUUAUCAAGUGCACAGGUUAAAUACCCUGUCAGUCCACUGUACAUAAUUUCUGUCAACUCUUUCAUUUCAGAAAAGUUACAUCACCUCCACUGCAAGCUGGCUAGAGCAAUAAAAAGCCAUUACGUUGCUCCAAGUUCACACUGUGUUUCGGUAUCUGACAAUGGGAGUUGUUUCACAGACAAUUCCAAAAUUGUUUAUUUUGGCAGAUAUGAGGAGAAAAGGAAAGAAUUUUAUUUGGAGCAGUGCUAUGAAUAUAUCAUUUUUUAAGUACCUGUAAGUCAUAGAUUGAGUAUUGAGAAUUUUGCUAUCCUCUGUAUUUUAACAGAAAUGUUAGUUACUUUAAAGAAUUUUAUUUUCUCAUUUGUGAUCAAUGAUACAAAUGUACACGAAUACACUAGACAACGUAUGUUGAUACCUACUUUUAGUUUCCCCCCCUCCCCCCCCCCGCCCCCCCCCCUGAAGAGAAAGCACUCGGCUCUGGGAAGUUAUGAGAUACAUUCUCCCAAAGACAACCAUUCCAAACUGUAUGUGCCUGUAGCAGUCUGUAACAAGACAUUUACAGAUCGUAGAAGCUCAACUAUUUAUUGGUGCUAUAAAUUUCCAGAACUAAGGAAACAUAUUGGCAUGUAAAGUUUGACUGUGUGACUUGAAGGAAAAAAAUUACAUAGUAUUUCUCACUGUAUCAGAGAGAUCAAUAGUUUUAGCUUUUUGCAUUUAGUGUGCAGUGUAACCAAGUCCAUGAAGUGUACAGUUUUCGCAACCCUGGUUUUGUCGGGGGAAAAAUUUUUCUUCAGAUACAAAUUUCAACUGUUGAGGAAUUGAGAGAUUUCACAUAGUAGCUGGUUUACAUUCUAAAUGUUUAUAAAUGCUUUUGAUGUUAAAUUUCAUAUUUUACAAGUUUUAUUUCUAUAUGUAUAUUGUACGCAAUAUUGUGAAUUGAUAAACAACUG